UCUUUGGUUAAAUCCCUGCUCAACUUUCCCGAGAAAAUAAACCAAACCAAAGUUAAGCAAAAGAGAUUAAAAAAACAAAAAAUCGGUUCGAUUCUUUUCCCAUUUGCUAAGCGAAAAAGCGUCUUCUAUCUGUGCAUCAAAGGAGCGCAACCGACCACACUUCCGUUUGAAAAUGUCGUCGUUUUGUAGUUAAUUGUUUUGAUGGAGAAUCACAGCGGUAACGAUGUGCCCGUCGAGAUUGAGAUCGAAAUCGAAGGCGAGAAUGAAAAUGGCGCCAACCCUUCAGGGCAAAUUCGUUCUGUUGGUGCUUUGACAUCUAGUGCUGGGAAGCCGGUUUUGACAUCCACUGCUGAAAAGCAGGUUUCCACAUCUACUGCUGAAAAGCCAGUUUUGAGUUCCACUGAGGUUGUAAAACCUGUGAAAAUUGGAAAUAAUCGUAAAUCAGCUACAUUAGCAGCCAAACUGUUUGAUGCUAAAGUUCCUUUCAAGGAAAAGCUAAAAUGUAUGAAACAACUUGCUACUGUCAAAACUGAUGGGACUGUACAAUUUGAAGUUCCAGGAGAUAUUAAACCAGAAAACCUUGAUUUUGGAGCUGGAGUUGUUGAUGAUGGAUCUUCUGUCAAAGAAACUGCUGAAGCCACAGCCAUACAUGAUAUACGUCCAUUGCAAAUAGUAAUGCUUAUUGUUGGAACUCGUGGAGAUGUACAGCCAUUUGCUGCGAUUGGAAAACGCUUACAGGUGAAUAUUUAUGUGCAGGAAGAUGGCCAUAGAGUUAGACUAGCAACUCACUCAAAUUUCAAAGACUUCGUCUUGAGUGCUGGGUUGGAGUUUUUCCCUUUAGGAGGAGAUCCAAAAGUUCUUGCUGGAUAUAUGGUAAAAAAUAAAGGCUUCUUGCCAUCAGGACCCUCAGAAAUUCAUAUUCAGCGGAAUCAGAUGAAGGAAAUUAUUUUCUCUUUGCUUCCUGCAUGCAAGGAACCUGAUCCUGAAUCGAAAGUGCCAUUUAAACCAGAUGCUAUUAUUGCCAAUCCUCCAGCAUAUGGGCAUACACAUGUUGCUGAGGCACUAAAAGUACCCCUUCAUAUAAUUUUCACAAUGCCAUGGACGCCUACUAGUGAAUUUCCCCAUCCUUUGUCUCGUGUUAGGCAACAGGUUGCUUAUAGACUUUCAUAUCAAAUUGUUGAUGCACUAAUAUGGCUUGGAAUACGAGACAUGAUUAAUGAGUUUAGGAAGAAGAAGCUGAAGCUAAGACCUGUUACAUACUUAAGUGGAUCCUGGGGCUCUCCCCAGGAUGUGCCUUAUGGGUACAUUUGGAGUCCUCAGCUUGUUCCGAAACCAAGAGACUGGGGACCUAAGAUUGAUGUAGUGGGGUUUUGCUUUCUUGAUCUUGCUUCAAGUUAUCAACCUCCAGAUCCACUUGUGAAAUGGCUAGAAGAGGGUAAAAAGCCUAUCUAUAUUGGUUUUGGUAGCCUUCCUGUUCAAGAACCAGAGAAGAUGACUGAAAUAAUAGUAACAGCUUUGGAAAGAACUAGACAAAGAGGCAUCAUCAAUAAAGGUUGGGGAGGUCUUGGGAAUUUGACAGAACCAAAGGAGUUUGUGUACUUACUGGACAAUUGCCCCCAUGACUGGCUUUUCUUACAGUGCAGUGCUGUGAUUCAUCAUGGUGGUGCUGGAACAACUGCUGCUGGUCUGAAAGCAGCGUGUCCAACAACCAUUGUACCAUUUUUUGGGGACCAGCCCUUUUGGGGUGAACGGGUUCAUGCCAAAGGAUUGGGCCCUCCACCAAUCCCAGUGGAGGAGUUUUCACUUGAUAAGUUAGUUGAUGCGAUAAAUUUCAUGCUCAAUGACAAGGUAAAAGAGUGUGCUGUUGAACUGGCUAAGGCCAUGGAAACUGAAGAUGGUGUUUCAGGUGCAGUAAAAGCCUUUUAUAAGCAUUUCCCUGGAAAAAAAAGUGAUGAAGAGACUGAGACACCCCCUCGUCAUUCAAGAUUUUGUUCCAUGCGACAAUGUUUUGGCUAUACAUGAAUCUUUAGAAGUUUGACGUGUCAAAUUUGACACGUCUCUGACUGCUUUUUCCCCAGGUUCUAUUAUGCUUUCUUCUGGUAACUCCUGUCACCCAACUUCAAUUACUGUUGCAUGUUGCUUCUGCUUUUCCGAAAUUUAAUGUUGCUGAUGCAUAUCAUUCAGAGAACUGCAAGUGAUUGAUGUACUGCAUUCACAGUUCAAUACUGAUGCACAAAAUAUGGAGGUACGUGCAAUAAAAAGGACUUUAGGCUAAAUGAUGUAACUUGCCAUAACUCAUGAGGUCCAUUGAUUCUGUAUCCUGAUAACUAUACAAUCUGAUUCUUGGUGGUAUGGAUGUGUUGGUAUAAGUUUCAUGAUUUAGGGUGUUUGGAUCUAAUUGUGAAAGUAAAAAGUAAAUCUCAAAAUGAACUAGAAGUCUUGUAUCUUCACUUAUCCGCACCAAACCCCACUAUUUGAUAGGGGAUAUAUUAAUUUUUUUUCUUUUA